AGUGUAGUAUAAGUAACCAUUAAGAGUAAACGUCACAUGAUAAAAGCGGGUGUGAGCGCUUUUCUCUUAAUUUGUAUAUAAAGUGUUCUUAUUCUUAAUAUUUAUGAAACUAUAUCAUCAAGUUAUAUUUUAAAAUUAAAGUCAAUUAUUUAUUAAAGUUUUUUCAUUUUUCUUAAGAAUUAUAUAUAACAACGAAACAAAAAUAGCAUAAUGAGAUACAUUUUGGGUACUACUUUUGCGGGUACUGCUUCAGCAACAAUUGUAGUAUUAGUAUUGUAUCAUGUAUUUACUGGAAAAGGUGAGCGUGUUAGUAUUGCAUGGUUUUUAGAAAAUACCUCACCAUAUAUGUGGGCAACUCUUGGUAUUGGACUUGCAGUAGCUUUAUCUGUUGUUGGUGCUGCAUUGGGAAUACAUACAACAGGAGUUUCAAUUAUUGGAGGUGGUGUAAAAGCACCAAGAAUUAAAACAAAAAAUUUAAUUUCAGUAAUAUUUUGUGAAGCUGUAGCUAUUUAUGGUUUGAUUACUGCCAUUGUAUUAUCUGGAAUGUUAGAAAAAUUUACUGCUGAAGCUAUUCAAAAGGAAGAAGUUCGUGAUCAAAAUUGGUUUGCUGGUUAUUUAAUGUUUGGAGCAGGUUUAGCUGUUGGUCUUGUUAAUUUAUUUUGUGGUAUAGCUGUUGGCAUUGUUGGUUCUGGUGCAGCCCUUUCUGAUGCAGCAAAUUCUGCACUUUUUGUUAAAAUUCUUAUUGUAGAAAUAUUUGGUUCUGCCAUUGGACUUUUUGGAUUAAUUGUUGGAAUUUAUAUGACAUCUAAAGUAAAGAUGGGAAAUAAAGUAUAAAUUAUUAAAAUAAAUAGUAAUAUUAUAUAAUAUCCAUAAAAUAUUUUUUAGAUUCAUUAUCUUUCAUCACUUAGUGAUGAUUGAAAUGAAAAUAUAAAAAUAAAAAUUAUUAUGUUUAAAUCAAUUUAAAAUUUUUGUUAUAUAAGAUUAAUAUUUUGUUUUUAUAUUGAACAAAUAUAUAUAUGUAGUUUUAUUAUGAAUAGAUUUUAAUUUGUAUAAUUUUCACAAUUUUUGAUUAUAAAUUUUUGUGUAUAAAUAAUUAUUUUUAAUAUUGUAAAGUUCAUUAUUUCAACAGAAUCUUUUAUUUAAAAUAUUUUGAGUAUGAUCAUAACACACUCUUUUUUGAAUGCUUCUCUACUGUAUAUAUAUUUUUUAACUAUAAUAUUAUAUGAAAUAAAUAUGAUAUAUGAUAUAUGUUUCAUGUAUAUAUAAAAUAUACUAUAUAUAAUAUUA